CGUGUUUAUACAAGGUUCGACACUGCACAGCGAUGCAUGGCAGCGCCUGGCAGGUCGUGCACUCGGCAUUGACAAUGCAACGAGAUGGAAUUUGUGGUACAUGCUACUUCGUACUGCACUCGAGAAGAGAGACAAGCUUAUGAUGUUUCAACAAGAGCAUCAUAAGGCCCUGGGUGAAGAUAGUCUCACACAGGAUGACUGGGAUGUCCUCAGGUUAACGGCGGACUUCCUCCAACCCUUCUGGCAGGCGACACUGGCGCAACAGAAGAAGUGGUCGUCGUUAGAUCAGCUGCUUUACCAUAUGGACAUCUUGCUCAAGCAUUUUGAAGAUGCAAAGGUAUAUAUUCACUUCGAUCUUGUUCAGCCGAAGGCUGACUCUACAUUAAUCCAUAAGUUUUCCCAAUAAUGAGGGUUUGGUGCAGACAGGGAUUAAUAAGUUUCCCGGGCUCUGAUUGGUCUAAAUUUUGUAUGGUUG